CACCAGUGGGUCUGCAACGAAAAGAGAGUGCAUAAAGUGUACACUUAUGAGCUUUGCAGUAGGAUCUUGACCAGAUUUUCUUGUACAAUUUGUCAUACACUGAAAUUUUCUGUAAAAUAAAAACGUAGUACAUAAAUAAAACUAUAUGCUACUCCUUAUAUUUUAUUUUUUAAUUUCCAAAUUUAGAAGACCCCCAACCGACUCUAUCACUCUUUCUUCAUCCAUUCUUCGAAUUCCAGACAAUAUGUCCCCUGCAAUCUCCUACAAUCACAGCCAUAAAAACUCCCUCUCUCUCCAUCCCCAAAUCAACAAUCUCAGAAACCCCAACCCUAACCCUAACCCCAGCAUCGACGCGGACGAGAAAAACCCUAAGCCCCUCAGUGCACAACAAUACCUUCACGGUAUUCGACUCCCUAGCGACUCAGCCAUGGCUGAGCCAAACAACAACGCCUCUCCUCAUUCUACACCGCUAGCAAUCGACGGAUCGGACGAAGACUCGGCCUUGUCGAAGUCCGUGUUCCUCAGUCGGCAAGAAGUCCUGAAACGCCGGUCUCGCCGCCUGAAGCAGCUCGCGACGGUCUACAAGGACCAUUACUGGACUUUAAUGGACGAUCUCAAGCACAAGUACAGAGAAUACUACUGGGAGUACGGGAAGAGUCCGUUUCAAGAGGACGAGGAGAGAGAGAAUCUGGAUCGGAAGAACUGUGCACAGGGUACUAGAGAGGACGCGAACCGGAGCAAUAAUGGGAAUGGUGGGAAAUUGGGGUUGGGAUUGGGGGUGAAUGUGAGCCGGUGUGCGGUGAAUGGGUGCAAGGCGAAGGCCAUGGCUUUGACCAAGUUUUGUCAUUUGCAUAUAUUGUCCGAUGCCAAGCAGAAGCUCUACAAGGGUUGCAACUACGUUACCAAGAGUGCACCAGCGGGACCUAUAUUCUGCAUGAAGCCAAUACUGAGAUCCACCGUUCCUUCUCUCUGCCCUCUUCAUCUUCAAAUGGCUGAAAAACAUUUGACACGAGCUCUGAAGAAGGCGGGUCUUAAUGUCACUUCUACAAGUAAGCUUGCUCCCAAGUUGCACGUCAUAGUUGCAGAAUAUGUCCGCCAAAUCCAAAUGAAAAGGAGAGCUGGACAGAAGGCAAUUGUUAAUAGAGUUGAAAUAAAGGAGGAAAAAAAUUGAAAUUAAGGCGAUAUCACUCAUUAAGGCUUUGGAUUGUAUGUUAAAAGUUUGUAUAGGUUUGUGCAAUUGUUAGAACAGACAUAUGACGGGUUUUGGGACUUCGCGACAUCUCUAGUACAAUGGAGCAAUUUGAAGAUGUGGAUGAGACAUGGACUUGUGCCUUAAAGUACGACUUUGUGCCUAUUGAAGGUGGAAGAAGCCAGAGGAAAAAGAUGGGUUACUCAGCUGGUGGUGGGAUCUACUUGUAUUAAGAUAGAACCAUGGCGAAUGAUAACAUACAUGGACAAAAUCAUUAUAUGCAGAUGUUGGGGGGUGGUGAAAGUUGAAAUUUGUGGUACUAACUGUGUUUUACCAUCCAUUUUUCAAAAUGCCAAAUAAGAUCGAUGCAUCAUUGUUGAGAAGUCCAAAUUCAACGUUAAACCUAUGAUUGUAAAUAAUAUUUUGUCCUGUUUAUAUUGCU